CUGAUAUGACGAGUGUAGAGAUCAACAUGACUCCUCAGCAUGCAGAGGCCAAUCUAUAAGAUGUCCCUCGGAUUUCCAGUCGGCUCUGUUCAGAAAUCAAGCAGCUCAGUUGAUCUGAACGCCAUUUACCAUUCCUUUCAGUCUACCUGACACACUCCUUUUACUUUUUUACUUUUAACUGACAUUCACUUUGCUUUUCGUCCUUAUACAGACCGACCGACGACAUGAAGCUCUCCACAUUUGCCAUCGCCAGCAUUCUCGGCUACGCAGCCGCCCUGCCCGUCUUUGAAGAGCAGGCCCCUACACAGGAUGAUGUCCAACCCACCGGUACUCCUGCUUUCCAGGACCCCCCUCCGUCAGGCUCUGCUGGACCUGCUCCCUCUGGUGGCCCUGGUGGCUUCGGUGGACAGGGUGGUCCUGGCAAUGCUCCCGCUGGCGACCAGGUAUUCCCCUCUGUGACUGUCUCCGGUGCUGCCCCGACUGCUGCUCCCUCUGGAGGCUUCGGUGGCUUCGGCGGCUUUGGCGGCUUCGGUGGUGCCUCACCUUCUGGCUUCCCCGGAGGUGCCUCUCUCUCUGCCGCUUUCCCCUCCGGCUUCCCUGGCGGUGCUUCUCCCUCUGGCUUCCCAGGUGGUGCUGCUCCCUCGGGCUCCCCUAAGCAGGGUCAUUCCGCCCACGGCCACCACGGCGGCCACGAGGAGGGCAACUCUUCCUCAGACAACACUUCCUCUGGGUCUGAGCAGACCUUCGAGCGCCGCCAGUUCGAGCAGAGCCAGGGCUCUUCCUCAGAAGGAUCUUCCAACCAGGGCGGAUUCUCCCACGACUUCGGCAGCGGCUUUUCCGAGGGACCCUCGCCCUCUGGCACUGUUGGCGGUUCUUUUCCUUCUGGCUCCAUCGGUGGCCAGAGUGCCUCCCCUUCCGGCUUCGCUAGCGGCGGCUCUUCUGGCUUGGGUGGUCAGGGUGCUUUUCCUUCCGGCUCCUUCGGUGGUCAAGGUCCCUCGCCUUCUGGCUCCUUUGGUGGCCAGGGACCGUCUCCUUCUGGUUCUGGCGCUGCUCCCUCGGGCGGUCCCUCGGGCGCCUUCCCCACCGGUGCUCCCGGCUCUUUCUAAGCAAUCCUUGCAGAGAUUUGUGCUUCAAGCUAGAAUACAUUCCUUCAAGUGAUACUGUUCGGCGGUUUGGCUGUUUUGAGGCUGUCUUUCUUUGUUACGGGUCAAGUCAGAACGGUAGAAGAUAUCAGACUACAGCCCUGGUUCCGAACAUGCAAUUAAAAGGCGAAUAUGUAUAACAAAUAGUAG